AUGGAGCUCAGUCAACUUCCUCUUGUGCUCUUGCUGAUUUCAAACAUCUACUCUCAACAUACUAAAGAUACACCUCAGCCAGUGUUAAGUGUUUCUCCACAAAAGUGGUUGACUGAAGGAGAUCCAGUGACUCUGAUCUGUGAGGUUUACGGCUCCUCUACAGGCUGGACAUUCAGCUGGUUCACUGUUACUGCUUCAACAGGUAAAUAUCAUUAUCAGCUGCUCUCAGACAGCAGCAGAGGAGCUGGAGGAAACUACACUGUCAGUUCUGCUGCUCUAAAACACACAGGAGUUUAUGUGUGCACAGCAGAGAGAAGAAAACCAGCUUAUAAAACAAUCUACAGCAACACACAACCACUAUGGGUCACUGGUGUUUCUCCUCCAGUGUCUCUGAUCAUCAGUCCCAGCAGAACUCAACACUUCACAUCUGUCUCUCUCUCUCUGAGCUGUGAGGACCAGAGUAACUCUGACAGAUGGACAGUGAGAAGAUACAAAGAUCGUGGGUGGCUGGAUGAUUGUUCAUCAUCACUGUUGGGAUCACAAUCAGGAUCUACAUGUACAAUCUCCACCAUCACAUUAGACACUGGAGUGUACUGGUGUCAGUCUGAAUCUGGAAAGAACAGUCAUCCUGUUAAUAUCACUGUACACUCUGGUGUGAUUCUGGAGAGUCCUGUUCAUCCUGUGACUGAAGGAGAUACUCUGACUCUACACUGUUUAUAUCAACAUUCAACCCCACCAAACCUCAGAGCUGAUUUCUAUAAAGAUGGAUCACUCAUCCAGAGUCAAACUACAGAGAUGAUCAUCUCUACUGUCUCAAAGUCACAUGAGGGUUUCUACUACUGCAAACACCCAUAUGGAGAGUCACCCAAGAGCUGGAUCUCAGUCAGAGAUAAAGUCCAGGCAGGUUUAAGUGUUUCUCCACAGAAGUGGUUGACUGAAGGAGAUCCAGUGACUCUGAUCUGUGAGGUUUACGGCUCCUCUACAGGCUGGACAUUCAGCUGGUUCACUGUUACUGCUUCAACAGACAGCAGUGAUCAUUAUCAGCUGCUCUCAGACAGCAGCAGAGGAGCUGGAGGAAACUACACUGUCAGUUCUGCUGCUCUAAAACACACAGGAGUUUAUGUGUGCAGAGCAGAGAGAGUAAAAACAGCCUAUAACACAACCUACAGUAACAAACAACCACUAUGGGUCACUGGUGUUUCUCCUCCAGUGUCUCUGAUCAUCAGUCCCAGCAGAACUCAACACUUCACAUCUGUCUCUCUCUCUCUGAGCUGUGAGGACCAGAGUAACUCUGAUAGAUGGACAGUGAGAAGAUACACAGACAGUGAACAGCUGGAAGAUUGUUCAUCAUCAGUGUGGGGAUCACAAACAGGUUCUACAUGUACAAUCAGCUCCACCAGCACAUCAGACACUGGAGUGUACUGGUGUCAGUCUGAAUCUGGAGAGAACAGCAAUCCUGUUAAUAUCACUGUACACUCAUCAAGAUCUGAUGGUCUCAAUCUCAUGAUAAUUGGAGUGACUGCAGGACUGACUGUCACAUUUUUGAUCAUUGUCUUCUUGGUCCUGCUGUGCUGCUACAGAAACAACAAAGGUGUAAGAUCUCGGUCUCCCUCUAGUGUCAGUCAACAGCAGAACAGCAGUCAGACAUCAGAGCAGAACCAGAGUGACGCAGGAAACAACACACUGCUGUCUGGAACUGACCAUAUUUAUGACAAUGUUGAUGCAACAAAUAAUAAAGACAUAAGCACAGACAGUGCAAGUGGACCUGCUGAAGUCACCUAUGCUGAGAUUGAGCUCAAAUCUAAAGAGAAACAGAAGAAAAAGAAAGAAAACAAAGGAAAAACCAGUGAAGGUUCUGACACUGUUUACUCUAAACUGAAUCUGGUGACCCAUCAAGGUGCUGGAUCUAAUGAUGUGACAUAUGCUCAGGUUCAGUAAAUGCCUGGAGGAGAAAUUUUCAAUCCCAGGACGCUGAUGAGUUUAGGUUGAGAAGAGCUGGAGAAUGAGCAGGAUCAUCAAUGCUUUAUCAUCUUUGUGAUACUGAACAAUUGAUGGCAAAAUAUCUAUCAGUACUUAAUAUUAGUGGUGCAAACCUUCAUGUGUUUUAGUG